AUGCGCGCAGGGCAGCUUCCUGGAGUCCUCGUCAAGGACGGGGCGAUGGGAACCCUUCUGGAGUCCUGGGGUGUGGAGUAUGACAAGCUGGGGACGAUGUGGUCUUCCUCUGUGCUUCUCUCAGACAAGAGUUUGGUUGAGCGCGUCCAUCAGGCCUACGUUGGGGCGGGCUGUGACGUGCUGCUGACAUGCACCUAUCAAAUGCACGAGGAGGGGUGUGCGGCGUCAAAUGUGACCAUGUCCGAGCUGGUAGAUCGUGCCGUUCAAGCGGCACGUCACUGCAUGCCCCUACGAUGGCAGGAGGAUGCGACAGAGGAACCUGCGGCAGACGAAAACAGGGCGAGUUUGACGGAUGUUUUUGCCUCUGCGCUCUUCACCGUCCAAGGCGGGGGGCAGGACAGAGUCGUUUUGCUGGCGGGAAGUCUGGGCCCGUAUGGUUCCUCGUUGCCGGGUGGAAAAGAGUACUCCGGCGACUAUUCCAUGCACGAUGCCGUCAUCAAUACCUUUCACGCCCGCCGCUUAGAGGCGUUUUUGGGUCAAGUGGGUGAGAAGCGGGUCCUCAAGGUUGACUUCUUGCUGUUGGAAACCUUUCCACGCCUGGAUGAGGCACUUGGGAUCCUCGAUUUUGUGCACCAGCACGAAAGCCUGCGUGCUGUGCCUGUGUGCUUCAGUUUCGUAGCGGCGCCUGUGGAAUUGCCUCCUCCCGGCACUGCAGGUGACCGCGAGUUGGAUGAGUGGUGGGACGCAGCCACCUCCGCCGUUCGCCUGAUGGACGGCAACACGUUUGUGGGAGCGCUUGCUGCGUUGCGGCAGAAUCGUGGGAUGGCGUUGGCGGGUGUGGGGUGCAACUGUGCCGCUCCGCUGGAGGUAAGCCUGGUGGCAAGCGCUUUGCUUCAAACGAAGCGUCAGGAGACGGAAGCGCCGCUGGUGCUCCUGCUGUACCCAAACUCGGGUGAAAUGUUUGCAGAGGGGCAGUGGAGGAAGUCACCACAGAGGAGACGAACUCCAGAGGUAGAAACACCUUUACUGCGGGAUCUACAGCAACGAUUGGCACACGGGGCUGGAAACGCGAAAACGUGUGCGAGUUUUGUCCUGCAGCUGCUACAGCAACGUCCCGAGGCGACAGAUUGGUUGUUUGAGGUUGUCAUUUGCGGCGCCUGCUGCCGAUCGACGCCGGAAGACAUCUCAGCCAUAAAACAGGCGGUGUGUGAAUACCGUCAAUUGCAGGUGUAA